GUGUGUCACGUGUGUGUGUGUGUGUGAGUUCCUGUGUGAUUGUGUGUCACGGUGUGUGUGUGUCCUCCUCCCACACCCCUCCUGCACGGCGGCAGUGUAUUCUCCGACUCCUCCAGUGUGUGUGUGUGUGUGUGUGUGUGUGUGUGUGUGUGUGUGUGUGAGUGAGUGAGUGUGUGUCCGGUGUGUCCGCCGCCGCUGAUGGAGUGAUGGAGGCUGUGUGCGGGCAGCAGUACCGGGCUCUGGCGCUGGACGCGGGUCUCUGCACGCUGCUGGCGGUGCUGCUGUCCGCGCUGCUGAAGCUCAGCCUGGAGCGGAUCCGCCGGUGGCGCGCGCGGGUCCCGGUGCUGGUGGUGGGCUCGGGCCCGGUGGGACUGACGGCGGCGCUGGUCGCUGUCCGCUCCGGGAAGGUGCUGAAGCUGACGCUGCUGGACGCGCGGUACCGGAGCGCGCUGCUCCGCCGCCCGCAGCAGAUCGCGCUGGACCCGCGCAGCGUCCGCUUCCUGCUGGAGCUCGGCGUGGACUUCGACAACAUGGAGGGCUGCUGGAGCAACGAGCACUUCUACACCCGCAUCGGUGUGUUCCAGGAGCACCUGCUGAGCAUCCUGGAGCAGAAGAAGCAGACGCUGGACAUCCGCCUGCAGCUCGGCACCAGGUUCAGUGAGGAGUACCUGAGGAAGAUGUCGAGAGCUGAUCGUCCGCGUGUGAUCGUGGUGGCGGACGGUUCGUGCGGAGACUCCUGCUCGGUUCUGGGCAUCAGCUCUGAUUAUAUCGUAGAGUCAUGCCACGCUUACGGAGCCAACGCCACCAUCGAGAGACUGGACCAGAGACAGGUUCCUACACCGGAGAUUCGUGCCCACAGUGUGUUCUUCGACCUGUCUGCGUACGGUAUCGACACACUGAAGGAGUCUCGGCGCUCGUCUCAGGCCGCCGCCGCCAAACCCGGAUUCCACUUGAAGAUCUACGGCACCUUCCGGAACCGGUACAUGGCGCUCGUCUGCGGCUCUGAUGCUGACAGCAAGAUGAUGCAGUUCCUGCGGCACACGGCCAACGCCUCGAUCAUGAAGAACAUCUUCCACCAGUCCUUCAACGCCUAUAAGACAGACCUGGAGCCGCGUCUGAGCGAGCUGACGCUGCACAACAUGCAGUGCAGCCGGAGGCUGUUCGAGAUCCUGCUGUCGUACCGCCGGGUGAACGCCGCCUUCAUCGAGGGGGACCGCAUCGCCGUCACAGUGGAGGGGGAAGCGGCGCGAGUGCUCAACUUCGACACCGGCUGUGGUGUGAAUCUGGGCAUGCGCGGUCUGGAGUCUCUGGGAAUGUUCAUCUACCGGACGGCCACGGCUCUGGACCAGAACGAAGUUUUCGAGGCGCUUUCGGCCAAGAUGCAGCACUCACGGCACGUGGCGGAGACCUUCCGGAGGAGCGGCCUGACCUCCGCCAUGUUUGAGUGAGAGGAAAUCCCCUCCAGAACAGCGGAAAUACUGAACACCAGAGCAUUUUACUUGUGAAAACAGUGUUUAGCUAUUAUUAGUGUGAUGUGAUGAUGCUGUUUCAGGCCUGUAGUCAAGGGGAGGACGGUUUAAAUGAUCCAGAUUUUGUCUAGAUUUUUUUUAUCCCAUUAAUGACAUCCAGUUUUUGAUUGCUUCGUCAUCACAAAUUGUGAAUAUAAUACUUUGAUGAAGGCUUUAAGACUUCCACUGUCAUCUGCUGCUCCAGAAUUUAUGGAAGCCCAUUUCAAGAGCUCUCCCUCAGCUGUUGACUGAUUAUAAAGCAUGUUCGGCCCUGAGCUCAUCAGAUCCUCGAGCCCGGGGCUCCUUCCCGUUUGCAGGGCGAGAGGGGAGUUUAAGCUUAGGUAGAUGUGUGGAACUCUCCUGCUGUAGUAGCUGAUGAACAGACAGUGAUCGCUCUUCAGAGAGAACUACUGAUAGGAGCAUGACUAUGGUGCCGGAUUAGUCAAUUAACUUAAGCUGCAUGUUUUUGGACGGUGGGGGGAAACCGGGAAACCUGGGGGAACCCCAUGCGAGCAAGGGGAGAACGUGUAAACUCAGAAACGUCAGCUGGCUUGGUAUGGACUAGAACCAGUGAGGUUCUUGCGGUGAGGCAACAGUGCUAACCACUGGGCCACCCAUCUAGUAAAGGAGGAGGAGUAGGGGAGGAAGUGGGGAUUCUUCAAGAUGAAGAUGGCUGUGAUAUGCAGAUCAGGUUGUUUAUAGGGGCUUAGGAAUCGUCUGAUUGGUGGAUUAUACAUUGGAUAAUGCAGCACCGGCUGUGAUCAAUCAUAAGCACCCGAUCCUCUCGACAUUACUUCAUAAAUAACCUUCACCUAUGGCACCUAAAUAUUAAAUAAGGUUAUUGUGAAUUUUUAAUCUCAGACUUUCUAAAUUAUGACUUUUAUCAUCAGAAUUGAGAUGUCAACUCAAUAUUUUUUUACAGAAUUGUAUUUCCAAGAAAAAAAGUCACAAUUGUGAGACAAAAAUAGCAAUUUAAAGAGCAGUUUCCUCUUACUUAGACUGACUUGAGUGAUAAAGACGCGUCAGCAGACUGAUUUUAUUAGCGUAUAAAUAUAGAAAAGAUUGUAUUGAAUACAUUUGUGAAGUCUUUUCUCAGAAUCUCACAUUUAUAGCACACAUUUCUGACUUUAUCACUCACAGUUUUGAGUUGACAUCUCAAUUCUGAGGAUUCAGUCAUAACUCAUAUUAAAUAAGUAGUUGGAGCAAACAGCAAAAGUAAUAUUUAGAGUGUUUAUAUCUCACAAUUGUGCCUUUUGCUUCUUAAUGAUGACAAUGUUGUCCCUAUAUUGACUUUAUAACCUGCAGUUUUGAGUUUAUAUCUUACAAUUCUGAAAUGAAAAGUGACAAUUACCUCUUUUUUAUUAUUCAGUGGCAGAAACGGGCUCCUGUGGGCUCCACAGCAAGCAGAACUCAAGCUAUUCACUUCAGUGAUAUCAGAUUAGGAGAAUGCAAACUGUUCUUCAUGAGCGUGCAGUCCUGAAAGACAACAUGCAUCUCCAGAGACUCCAUCAGUAGCUAAUAGUAGAGAACAACAUUUACAAACAAACUUUAGUGCAUUUAAUCAUGCAGAUGGCCACCUGCUGAGUUCUGAGUAAAGUCUAAUGUGCAGGACAGUUCGCGAUUUGCAUAAUAAAUGACAGUACAAGGCUUAAUUUUAGAGAAGUCCUGAAAUGCUUGUGUUUUCUCUUCUAUUAAAUAUGUUACGUGCCGUACACAAGCACUUCUCCUGUGAUAGUAAAACUGCACAUUUAAAAUGCUGAUUUGAUCAAAUGAUAAAGCAGCUGUACAGUUUCACUACAUAUUAAUAAGCAAAAGCAAAUCUGACAUUAUAGUCCAUAUUUAGGUGCAUCAAAACUGCACAUCAUCAUGCAAACAGCCACAGAUGAGCGCAUGAACCCUCAGCAGUAUUUAAACCUCACAAUGAGAAGUGUUUGGGAAGGAUCCCCUUCACUAUGGGCCGGAGUGUGUGUGUUUGUGUGUUUUAACUGAAGUGAUCAAUCUAGAAACAGACAGUGACCUUACAGGAGUCUGAACCCUUUAUAACUGCGCUGUGUGAGAUGACCAAAUCUCAGAUGAGGAGGCUGAAAUCUGAAUUUGUUCAUCAUUGAUGAGUUCAUUAAACACUCCUGAUGUCAGUCAUCAUCAACACACAUCAGUCAGGAACCGACGCACUAUGAUAAAGACUACACACACUAAGAAAUAAGGGUGCAUCACUGGGGCAGUGCCUUUUCAAAAAGUACACAAUUGUACAUUAUAGCUAUAAAUAUGUUCUUUUAUGGUACAAAAGUGGACCUAAAAGGUAUAAAAGGGUAUAUUUUGAAAAGGUAUCAGCCCAGUGACAGCUUUUGUACCUUUAUUUCUGAGAGUGUACUACUGCAUAGACUUUAGCACUAGUUAGUGUGAUUUUCUUAAGCUAAAUCACUUGAAUGGACAAAAUAAAUUAAUAAAUAAACAUAUCAACAAUCACACUAGAACAGGGGUCACCAAACUUGUUCCUGGAGGGCCGGUGUCCUGCAGAUUUUAGCUCCAACCCUAAUCAAACACACCUGAACAAGAUAAUCAAGCUCUUACUGGGUAUACUAGAAACAGCAGGCAGGUGUGUUGCGGCAGGCUGGAGCUAAACCCUGCAGGGCACCGGACCUCCAGGACUGAGAUUGGUGACCCCUGCACUGAACGAACAAACGGUCAAAUCAGCUGAAAUGAAGUGCCUGAUGGAAACACAAUAUGAAUGCAUAAAUAUAUCUAUAUAUAUUCUAUAAGAACACGUACAGAAAUGAUGAUGUCUAUUUAUUUUGUGAUAUUUGUGUUCAUCGUUUGCCUUAUGAUUCUUACUACUUGAAUGUUUGGUGAUUUGAGCUUGGUGUUGUUAAUGGAACAGAUCUGUAAAUGCAGCAGUAUUCAUAAUAAACGCGUGUGUUUUUCUGUUUUGGA